UCGAUUCGAGUAUAGGUUGGCGUGGUCAAAGGCGCAGGCUCCUCCAAUCCCACUCCCCCGUGUCAUUUCAUCGCCUCCACCAGAUGUCGAAAUGCCUUCCGACUAGCUUUGUCCUAAGCAGCGUUCCGUCCUGAAGGCUGAAGCGUGUCAGGUGAGAAGGGAGGUGAGAAGAAAGUCCUGGACGCGAAGCCGGACGGUACUUAGCAGCAGGCGGUGGAGGGGGCGAUGGCGGCCGCAGCAGGAGUAGCAGCAGCAGCAGGAGUCUACGAAAACCUGAAGCUGCACAUAACGCCAGAAAAGUUUUAUGUGGAAGCUUGCGAUGAUGGAGCAGAUGAUGUACUUUCCAUUGACAGAGUCUCCACAGAGGUUACUCUUACAGUUAAGAAAGAUGUUCCGCCUUCAGCAGUUACCAGGCAAAUAUAUGGUAUUUUGGGAACAAUCCGUCUAGUGGCAGGCACGUAUCUUAUUGUAAUAACAAAAAAGAGAAAAGUAGGUGAAUUUUUCAAUCAUGUUGUUUGGAAAGCGACAGACUUCGACAUUCUCUCUUACAAAAAGACAAUGCUACAUUUAACUGAUAUUCAGUUACAGGACAAUAAAGUCUUUUUAUCAAUGCUUAGCCAUGUACUGAGUGUGGACGGAUUUUAUUUCUCUACGACAUAUGACUUAACGCACACCUUACAACGGUUGGCUAAUACCAGUCCAGAAUUUCAAGAAAUGAGCUUGCUAGAGAGGGCAGAUCCUCGGUUUGUGUGGAAUGGGCAUCUUCUUAGAGAAUUUGCUGCUCAGCCCGAGAUCCAUAGGUUUGCUAUUCCAGUUAUGCAUGGAUUUAUUAUUAUGCACUCUUGUUCUGUUAAUGGAAAAUAUUUUGACUGGAUUCUUAUUUCUCGAAGAAGUUGUUUCAGAGCAGGCGUACGCUACUAUGUAAGAGGUAUUGAUUCUGAAGGACAUGCAGCAAAUUUUGUAGAAACAGAACAAAUUGUACAUUACAAUGGGAGCAAAGCUUCUUUUGUCCAGACACGUGGAUCCAUUCCCUUUUUCUGGUCACAGAGACCAAAUCUCAAAUAUAAACCAAAGCCACAGAUCAGCAAAACAGUAAAUCAUAUGGACGGCUUCCAAAGACACUUUGACUCUCAGAUUAUUAGCUACGGAAAACAAAUGAUUGUUAACCUGGUUAACCAGAAGGGCUCAGAAAAACCUCUUGAACAAACUUUUUCAAAAAUGGUAAACAGCUUGGGAAAUGGAAUGGUCAGAUAUGUAGCAUUUGAUUUCCAUAAAGAAUGCAGUCAUAUGAGGUGGGACCGGCUCCAGAUUUUAUUGGAUCAACUAGCUGAACAACAAGAUGAAUUUGGCUACUUUCUAGUUGAUUCUGAUGGGAAGGUGGUGAUGCAACAAGAAGGAACAUUCCGCAGUAAUUGUAUGGAUUGCUUGGACCGGACGAAUGUGAUUCAGAGCCUUCUGGCACGGUGCUCUCUCCAAGCUCAACUGCAGAGAUUGGGUGUAUUGCAUGUUGGGCAGAGAAUUGAAGAACAAGCAGAUUUUGAGAAAAUCUAUAAAAAUGCAUGGGCCGACAAUGCGAAUGCGUGUGCCAAACAAUAUGCUGGAACGGGUGCCUUAAAAACAGAUUACACAAGAACUGGGAAAAGAACUCAAUGGGGCCUGCUAAUGGAUGGUUGGAACUCACUAAUUCGUUACUACAAAAACAACUUUUCUGAUGGAUUUAGACAGGAUGCUAUAGAUCUAUUUCUUGGAAAUUAUUCAGUGGAUGAAGUAGAUUCUCUCAGUCCUCUUCAUGUACAAAAAGACUGGAAAUUUUUGGCUUUGCCUAUUAUUAUGGUGGUGGCUUUCUCAAUGUGCAUUAUCUGUUUGCUUAUGGCUGGUGACACAUGGACAGAGACACUGGCCUACGUGGUGUUCUGGGGAAGUGCAAGCUUUGGAACUCUUGCUAUCAUCCUUUACAAUGGCAAGGACUUUGUAGAUGCACCCAGACUAGUUCAGAAGGAGAAGAUGGACUGAAUUUGUGUGUGUGGAAAGCAGCUUGGUAGGGAUGGCUCCUCAUCCCACACCUGGAGUCUCUACUGACCUGCUUUCCACACCAACCUGUGGCCUUUUUUUAGGUCUUUUUUAAACUUUCAUCUUUCCAGGAUGAAAAAGUGAAUCUAACUUGUUACUUAGUGGAGAUUGGCUAUUUUGAUGCUAUAGUCACAAUGAUCUUAGGAGUAUUGCAUUUACUAGAGAGCUUGCGCACAUACCAUUAGGAGAAUUAAGAUAUGAAACCCAUAUUGCACUGUGGAGCUAUCAUGUGUUAACUGGAUUCAUAAAAGGGUCUGCCAAGUUUUGCAACUCAGGAGUGUAAUACUGUAAAAUCUUUGAGAUGGCUCAGCCCUUGAAAAGAGAUGCUAUUCUCCUGAUUCUACCUAGGGAUCCAGCCACUACCAGGAUACAUCCAAGUUUCAUUAUCUGAUACUAGUAAAAAGCCUUGCUUGUUAAUAAGGAUUAUUGCUGCUUAAUUAAACGUCUAGUUGAGUGCCCUUGUAGUCAAGUGCAGGGUUGUAUAUAUUUGUUCUCUUCUCCCUGCACAUAUUUUUCUCCCUGUACUCCCCCAUCAAAAUGCAAGCCUGUCCUGCCGUUUCUGGGGCUGUUGAUGCAAUAUUCUGUUUAAAUCAUUGUUGAGAGGAUGAGGUGUACAAUUGACUUUGUUUAGAACAUGUCUUGUGCUGCUUUAAUGACUACAGUCCUUAGAAGAUUUAGAUUACAAACUUCAGUGUGAUUCAAAGAUUUUGUCUUAUUAAGAAGAUGUAAAUGGAAUCAAAGAAUGUAAAACUGCUUAUUUGAACCCUCUUAUGCUAAAGGUCCAAAGUAUUUGUUUCUUUCCGAACAGUCUCAAAUGUAAAAUGUAUUUCUUAUUAAUUUGGCAUCCAUCUGCUGCUUAUGCUGCUUUGGUUUUAGUAGGGAUAAUCUGUGGGGGAAAUACACAUUUGAUGCAUUUGCAGGGGGCUAAAUUUCAUAUUUGCACUUGGGAUCAAUAUCAGCUUACUUUUUGUGCAUGCUGUAAUUAUAUUUCUCUACAAUUGUAACUUUCUGGAAACUACUAAGCUAUAAGAAUAGCCUUGUGCUGGUUAUCAAUAAAUGUGUGUCUCAAUUUUAGUGCUUCCAAGCUUUAUAUUAAAACUAGAUGAUCCUAAAUCCAAGGACCAAUUUUAAACUACUUUGUCAACCAUUUUCUAAUUACUUUUGUUCAGAACCAGACAUAAAUCAGCUUCAGGUACUGUGUAUUGUUUAAUUAGAAUUCCUGUAAUUACAGCUGUAUAGUCAAGAUUGCAAUUAUGGAUUUAAAUAUUAGAACAGGUAGAGAGCUACAGUUAAUACAAUUUGUCACUCCAAGCUAUUGAAUAUACUGUACAGGGCACGAAUGGCAACUGGUCAUUUUAACCUUUGAAUAGUUGAGGGCCUCUGAGUUUGUUUCAAUAUUAGCCUCACAGUCACUUGUAAUAAAAUAUAUGCAGUUCCUGUUUGCUGACUGUUCUUUCCAGUGCAUCAUCUAAAAAGCAGUUUAAAAAUUAAAAUCCAAGUCAUCCACUCAAAUGUGUGGAAAAAAUAAAAAGGUUACACAUGACAUGUUUGAUUUCAUUAGUGGAUGAUUUUUUUUAAUGAGCCCUGCUUUGCCCUUCUGGUGUAUUUUCCAUUAUGAACUGGUUGCAACAACAAAAAAGUUUGGGCAGCUUGCAUUGUCAGAACAGAACUAAAUUUUUGUAGACUUGAGGUUUGGAAAGAUGUCUGCAUUCCAUUGCUUUUCAAAGAGGUUGCAUUUCUAAGUCCACACACAAUGUAAUCAAUAAUAAAACUGUCAUCU